UCGUGCGAUGACCGACCGCGCACCAACGGCCGCGUAAUAAAGUACAACAAUUUCUCUCUCGCGAGAUCGUCGUGGCGAGUGCGAGCGCGCGUUUUUUAUCGUCGUUCGAACCCUCCGCGUAAUAAUAUCCGGAUGAUAUUCAGUUGGUUGUCAUUAUUUUUUUAUUAAAUUUUCAAAGAAAUUUCCAUCCGAAACCUGCAAAGUUCGGGACUCAACCCUACAGCCCGCCACCGAUCCUGCGCCCGUAAACGCAGAGAUUUUCUGCAAGUCGUCGACACACACGCGUGGCCGGGUUGCAAAGGAUAUACACCAUGGAUUUCCGAUUGACACAGAAGUGUUUUGUGUGUCUAUUGCUGAUAGCCACCACGAACGCCGUGAUCAAUUCUGGUGCAAAUGAUGAGAAGUCACCGACAAGAAGAGAUGCGAGUCUUGGCGUACCAUCAGAUUCUUACGGUGCGCCACCUCCUUCGUUUGGCGCGAUUCAGAUUAACUACGGACCACCACAAGCUUAUAUUACAUCUGAUUUAAAGGCACCCAAUGUUAAUUAUGGACUUCCAUCGAACUCGUAUGGUCCACCAAAACCGAUAUACGGACUUCCAAAACCCAGUUAUAAACCUCUAAAGCCGGAUUAUGGGCCACCUCCACAAGAUUCAUACGGGUUGCCACCAAAACCAGAAUAUGGCGCUCCUCAGAUACCGAACUCCGUGUACGGCCCGCCAUCUGGACCUCCAAGUCCUUCUUAUGGUGUUCCAUCAGUGUCUUACGCAAAAGGGCCUCCGGGUGUACCAUCCCCGCCAACCCCACCUCAUAUCUCUUACCACGGCUGGCAACCUAUUCCGGGUGUAUCAAUUCCAUAUGUUCAAAAAAAUAACGGUUACGAACAGUCAUCCUUAGGAACUGCGUAUGGACCACCACUGCCUCAAGCAGGAGGCUGUUGCAAUAAUAAUAUCAACUCCAUAGACACUUCUUACGGAGGUUCACCACCACCAGUAUUACCAUCGUACAGUCAAAAUUCUCCAAAUUCGGACUACGGUCCACCGAAAGAUGGAAAUUCUUAUCAUGGAAACUCUAAUGCUCAGUCGUUGGCCAAUUUAUAUAAACCACCACCAAUUAUACCAGAUACAAGUUAUGGGCCUCCAACACCUUCUAAGCAACCUUCUGACUCAUAUGGACCUCCAUCCAGUGGAAAUUAUGGACAACCACCUAAAGAAUCACAUGGACCACCACCAAGUGGAUCUUACGGACCACCUCCCAAAGAUUCUUAUGGACCACCACCAAGUGGAUCAUAUGGACCACCUCCCAAAGAUUCUUAUGGACCGCCUCCAAAAGAUUCUUAUGGUCCACCUCCUAGUGGUUCAUAUGGCCCACCUCCCAAAGAUUCUUAUGGACCGCCUCCAAAAGUUUCUUAUGGUCCACCUCCUAGUGGAUCAUAUGGCCCACCACCUAAAGAAUCACAUGGGCCACCACCAAGUGGAUCAUACGGACCCCCUCCAAAAGAUUCAUAUGGACCACCUCCAAAAGACUCUUAUGGACCACCUCCAAAAGACUCUUAUGGACCACCUCCAAAAGACUCUUAUGGACCACCUCCAAAAGACUCUUAUGGACCACCGCCAAAAGAUUCUUACGGUCCACCUCCUAGUGGUUCAUAUGGUCCACCUCCUAGUGGUUCAUAUGGCCCACCUCCCAAAGAUUCUUAUGGACCACCUCCAAAAGAUUCUUAUGGUCCACCUCCUAGUGGUUCAUAUGGAUCACCACCUAAAGAAUCACAUGGACCUCCACCAAGUGGAUCAUACGGACCUCCUCCAAAAGAUUCAUAUGGACCACCACCUAGUGGUUCAUAUGGCCCACCACCUAAAGAAUCCCAUGGACCACCACCAAGUGGAUCAUACGGGCCACCUCCAAGUGGAUCAUAUGGACCACCUCCAAAAGAUUCAUAUGGACCACCUUCAAAAGAUUCUUACGGACCACCUCCAAAAAGUUCGUACGGACCACCUUCAAGUGGAUCUUACGGAUCACCACAUAAACCUUCAUACCGCCCACCUACAAAAGAAUCACACGGACAACCUCCAAGUGGAUUAUACGGGCCACCUCCAACUGGAUCAUAUGGACCACCUCCCAAAGAUUCAUAUGGACCUCCACCAAGUGGAUCAUAUGGACCACCUCCAAAAAGUUCAUACGGACCACCACCAAGUAGUUCUUAUGGUGCUCCUUUAAAAGAAUCACCUAGACCUUCCCCAAGUGGAUCUUUUGGCCCACCGAAAGAAUCCUAUGGACUACCAUCAAUUGGGUCAUUUGGGCCACCUAAAGAGUCUUAUGGCUCACCAUCUAAACCCGUAUAUCUUCCACCACCACCAAAAGAUUCAUACGGAGUGCCACCAAGUGAAUCAUAUGGCGUCCCAUCUAAAGAUUCUUAUGGACUUCCUCCCAUUAAGGACACAUAUGGAAUUCCUUCUCUAGGUUUUAUUGAUAAUUCAUUGCAAGUACAGUAUGCCUCACCGUCAGGCUCCUCAUACAAUGGUCUUCCUCCAGAAGGUACUUUCGGUACACCCAUAGCUAUCUGUUGUGGUACACCACCACCAGAUUUAGUAUCACAAAAGCCUUCAGACAUUCAGUAUGGGUUAACCUAUGGACAAGCUUCUGGAAGACAAAUACCUGGGCCAAAUCUUCAGCCAAAAAAUCCAGUGAAAAAUAGGGCACCAGUUCCACCUGGCCUUGUAGAAUCAACACAGUAUAAUAAUUUCCAAGGUGAACCAUACAUACCUCCUCCAGUAUCAGAAGUAUCAACAGCUGGAAAUGAUGCAUAUGCUGCUCCAUCAAGUUCUACGGGUUACAGUAGUUCUAACAGUAGCCCAAAUUUAGAGCAAAGCCCAAUAAUUUCUCAAGAUCAACAACAAUAUAAUGUCCCAGCUACACUAGAUACACAAAGCAAUGUAGUACACAACCAAGGAUUAUCUACAUCGUACGCUAUACCAGCUCCUGAAUCUUAUCAGCAUAUAACACAAACAGUUUCAGUAAAUAAUGCAGCUCAAGAACCCAACAGUUAUGUUCAACCAAAUCAACUUUCAUUAUCAAAUGUUGAUAACUAUGGAACUCCACAGCAAUCAUUCGACUUAAAUCAACAAAUUGAAGAAAGCAAAAAUCACCCACAACUAAGAGACGCAGAGAAUAAUUCACAGCAACCAGAAAAUAAUAACUAUCAACAGCAACCAGAAAAUAAUAAUUAUCAACAGCAAUCAGAAAAUAAUAAUUAUCAACAUCGACCGGAUGGAGUGGAUGUUAACGAUAUUGUAAAUUCAUUAGGUUUAGAAGGAUCCUCCGUUGUUGGUUCAAAAUCUGUAGACAUAAAUGGCUUACAAGAGUACCCUGUUCAAGGGUCUACUGGCAACUACAUGCUCCAAAUCCAACCAGGUCAAAGAGGUGGGGAAAAUGUCGCUCAUGAUCAAGUACUUUCUAAUGGGUUACUUCAAGACAUUUUGUCAGCCAUAGAGAAUCAACAGAAAUCAGAUAAUUCAUACGACAACCAACCACAAGGAUCAGAAGUUCGACAAGUCGCGACGGCAGCGGCCAACACAAGUACUGAGUGGCCAGAAAAUUCCGCAAGUAAAAAACAAGAAAUGGCUCUGUUUUAUAGUACUAGAGACGGAAAAGGACAGUCUGCUCAAGGCACGGAAACUCUACUCAAUGAAAUUAACCAUUUGAGCGUGAAUGAGGUGUCGAAUGGAAACUUUGUUUCAUACAAGUCACCAAAAGUGAAUUAUGUGUACAGUGAAUCAACACCUCAAGCUGUAUCACAGGCAUAUCCACAACAAUCGACUCCUAAGACUGAUGAAAGCUCAACCAACUCGUUGUCGAGUACAGGAAAAUAAUUAUUGUAGUACAAUAGAUUUAUAUAUUUAUGUAUAAUAUAUAAAUAUAUAAUACAUAAUUAGGUAUAUUAUAUAGUUUAAAAGUAAUCCUACUAUUUUAUUUGACAGUUCCAACUCCCCAACCUUUGGUUGCAUUCAAAUUGACAACGGUAAUAACGAGUAAGAAAGUGCUCGCAUUCAUUUGAAUCGUCAUUUAAAGGGAAUACCGUAUCGCCCAAAAGCAUUGUACUUGCAUCAGUACGAACAUUCACGUAUGAAAACGUUCUAUAAUAAUUGUCUAAAUACUUUAUUAUCUUGACAGGGUAAUCGCUCUAUUAUUAUUUUAUAUUGACGAUGUAGUUACCAAGCACAGAUUUUUUCACGACUAGCUUAUCACGAACUCGGAAUAAAAACAUCGUGCCUUAUUUUGUUUCAAAUCGUGAACGACGAAUAUUUUAAUCUAAAAAGUGAGAGUAAACUUAUGAGUGUAAGGUACGACAGAUAUAAAUGCGAAUUGUAACACAAUAAAAAUAGUACAGAAAGCCAUUUUGGAUAUGAAAAAUAUUCAUGAGAUUAAUUCGUGUUUUUGAAUGCAACUGGAUGUGUAUAUUUUUUGAUAAUAAAUUAAAUAAAAUCAUUGUUUUGAUUAUUGAAAUUAUUGGAAUGUUAAAUUAUUAAUAUAUUUAUAUUAUGGAAUAGCGUUUAGCACGAUUGCCACUACGAAGUGCCAUAGACCAUUUAUUAUUAUUAUUUUUAUAAUUAUUACAAUAAUAUUUUUAGAAUGUAAAAACUAAAAAUUCUAUUACUUUUUUUUUAAAACCAUAACCUAACCAUACAAUAUAUUUGUUCUCGUAUAUCUCUUGGAAUAUUCAAAAUAAUAAUUCUUUGUUUAUUUAUAUAAUUUACAUAAAAACGUUAUAAGUAUUUAAAUUAAAAAUCAUAAAUUGUAUUCUCUACUUUAUGUAUUCUAUAAUAAGUUCAUGCUUUGUAUUUGCAUUAUAGUUUAUAUUAAUUGUUAGUGUUUAAUGUCUAUUGAAAUAUUGUAUAUAAAUUAUGUAUGAAAAUGUAAACUAUUUAAUAACAAUAUAUUUUGUGCUAUUUAUAUUUA